GCAUCCUGAGCGCGGGCAAGCCAGCUGACAUGACCGUGUCGUGCGCUGCCUUGGUCUUGGCCGUGGGGCUCGCGCUUGCUCACUCCAGCCAGGGAAAUGAAGAGGAGUCAGACUACUCAGGACAGAGCAUCGCCGAAGAAGAAAACUCGGAGGAAGAGACGACAAGUGCUUUGGCUACAGUGACCACAGAAGCAUUAGCUGCAGAUGUGAAUUCUACCCACACCGAUGGCACCUCCAGUGAGGUGGAAUUCAUACUAAUGGUGGCGAUCCCACUGGCUGCGCUGCUCAUCCUUCUAUUCGUGGUUCUCAUUGCGACCUACUCUAAAAGCAAGAGAGCUAAACAAGAGCCUUCUAGCCAAGGAUCUCAAAGUGCCUUGCAGACACAUGAACUCGGAGGUGAAACCCUCAAAGUCCCUAUUUUUGAAGAGGACACGCCCUCUGUUAUGGAAAUAGAGAUGGAAGAGCUUGAUAAAUGGAUGAACAGCAUGAACAGAAACGCCGACUAUGAAUGUUUACCUACUGUGAAGGAAGAGAAGGAGCCAACCCUCAGCCCGAGUGACAAUGAAUCCUAAGUCCAAGUGGCGUUGAUGUGUUCCAAGAGCGUACUUCCGGAGGGUACCUGCCAGCCCGCCAGAAGAGGGUGAAGGGGACAAGCUUAAUUAAAUUCAGAUCAGUGUAGACACAAGAACCUUUUGGUGUUUUUUCCACCGUCCCCUCUUCAGUCGAUGGCAUCCUCUGGACUUGGAAGAACGAGGGACUGAAGUCUUGAAAGGUCUGGUUGCCCGCCAGCCCACUCAUGGUGAAGGAGCCCCGAGUGGUGCUGGCUUCGGAUCAGUGGGCGGCCCUCCCCACUGCCUCCUCCUCGCUCCUUCUUGUCACCUUAAGAUCACAGCACUGGUCUGCUUCACUCCCAGGCUUUGAAUCAGGAAGCUGGUCUUCUUCAGGGUCACCUUUCUGCCUAACAGGUUUGGAUAAUAUCCUCUCACUCUUCAUGCCCUCUCAGGUCAACUCUAGUCGUCUGGAACUUUCCUCAAGGACAGCUGUGCUAUAGAAAACGCGACAACCCCAGGGAGUUGUCAAGUUUGUUCCUUACCUGCUAAGAAAAUACAAGAAAGUCCACAGUCCUCAUGGGAGAUCCUUGCAUUCAGCCGCAUCUCAAUCACCUUUGAAAACUUCUCAGAAGAAACAGCCAUCUUUAAAGAGAGAAGCGACUUUUUCCUUCUACGCUAAAAUCACCUCUACUUAAAACUGCUCAUCUCGUUUCAAGCCACAGGCCUGGCCUGCGCAGUGUGGGCUUGGAAUGCACGUAGGUUGGGGUCAUCUGUUGCCCUUCUGUAUGUUGGAGAUCUUCAAGGCUGAGCAAGAAAGAUCUGUAUCUGUGGUAGCUCUGGCUCACUGUGCUGUGUGGUCUCGCUGGACUCUGCAUACGGCCUUUCCUGCAGGCUGGGCCGAGUCUCCAAUCCUCAGCACUCCAGGAGGUGGCUAUCAGGCCAUCAGAAAUGACAUUCUACAUGAAAUUAGUUGACAUCCAAGUUCUAAAAACAAUGGAGUAAAAAAAUGCAGAAACUCCACUAACCUCUCCUCCUCAAUAAUGCCAGUCCAUUUAAUCCUUCAUUUUCUAAUUCUGACCUUUAAAAGAGGCCAUCUUGUAAAUUGAGUCUCUAGUUCUCCUGGGAUGCUUGGUAUUUUGUUCCAGGAAAGAAACAAAGAAUGAAAAUUUUAUUUUGCUAACCACAUAUAAACUGAGGGGAGAUGAGGUUAACCAAACUUUUUGCUGCUGAACUGGGGUUCUGUGUUUGAAAGGCUGCCCUCAUGUUCCACAGAGAGCCUUCUCCUGCCCCCGUGGGGCCCCUUUAAUGAGCUCUUGCCUUCUGAGAUAUGCAGAUAAUUUUAUAGGCAGAGCCGCAGGCCAGGGUGGUCUCUCUACACAGUGAAUGACCUGAAUCCAGCUUUCCUUCUGUCCUGGGUCUGAGCAGCGGCGUUCGACAGUGUAUCCUCAACAGAUUCAUUGUCCUGUCUCAGCGUUCUCACUCUGACAUGACUCCGAGUCAUUGCCCUGUGGAUACUCACAAUCAAUGUAUAACCUGCCCUGACUCUCAGGCAGUCAGCCGCAGGCGGGUGCAGCCUCUGAAUCAUCCUCUCCUAUUCUGCCUGUGACGGCUACUUUAAAUGUGUUUCUCUGAAAAUCUAGUUCCUUCUUUCUUGGCAUAUCUAAGAUCCUUGAUGACUACCCACUCCUUUGACCUUAAUCCAACCCUGCCCAAUAUCAGACUUUAGAAUUUCUCAGAAGUGUAUGAGGUGUUGGACUGUUACUUUUGAUAAAGGCGUGUUUCAUGAGAUGAUAACACGAUUCUCAUUCAAUACUUCAAAUAACCUCAGACUCCUGAAGAAACAAAUUUACCAGCAUGCUGUUGAGUUUACAUCGGAGCUCUGUGUUGACUUUUUAGCUGCACAGGAACUUUCUACAGAGCUUCUUUGUUCUGGCAAGACUCAUGACAUCAGCCUAGUCAAGUCUAUUGAUCCUAGUUAUUAUUAUAUAAUCAGAGCACAGCAUGUGUAUAUGACAAUUCCAUGAAUUCUUAAAACAGAAAUAUUUAUUUUUUUACAUUAUUAGUAAGAGCAAAAACCCUCAUCAAUUUGCGUUAGCUGGAUAGCUAAUCAGAGCAAAUCAGAUUUUAAAAUAAAGAUGGCUAUGGAAUUUAUCUCUGGGGUCUUUGCCUAGCAUGCCCAAAACUCUGGGUUUGAUCCCUAGCACUGUAUAAACUGGGCAUGGUUGCAGGAAGAUCAUUCCUACACGUUUAAGUCCAUUCACAGAUACGUAAGACUGUGACUCAAAAAACAUUUUUUUUUAAAGACCCAUGCUUUGGUGUAUUUUUUUUUAAGCAAAGGAGGCUGAUAGCAUUGCUUAACUGAACUUCUUCAGAAAGUUGUUUCAAUAAACAUGUUUUUAAAGUCCAUUUGGGAGUCAUUUUUAAAAAGAAUUUAUUGAACUUGUUCCUUGACAGUUUCAUGUAUGUAUGAAGUGUGUUCUGAUUUCUGUAGCCCCAGUCUCUCUAAUCUCCUUCUCAUCCCCUCACUCUCCCUACAAGUCUCUUCUCCACA